UGCCAACCAUCAACACUAAUCGUUGAAUCUUUUAUCGCAGGAACGUCUACAAACGUUUAAUUAAUAGAGAAACAAAUAUAUAGCCUGCAUUUUUUGGGGUUAUGUGCGUUACUGUAGAUAAGUAGAGCUAAAUAUGAUCUAUGCAUGUUCCAGCGGAUGUGUUAGCUAGAGCUAGUGUAGCUACCUUACCUAACAGUUGAAACCCAAUUAUAUGCAUUUUGAGAUGUAACGGGUAGCUACACAAACCUUGCUAAAAAAAGCAGGAAAUGGGUUUGUUAACGUAAGCAUUCGCAGGUGUUCAACAGACUGAAAACCUCUUGACAGUAUUAGCUGAGAAAUUGAAGAUAAGUCAGGUGGAUGCCAGCUGUGGAGAGCUGCCAUGCCCCUGGAGGUGAGAUGGCCGUUCCCACAGCGCCCCUUACUGCCCUGGAGGAUCAGCAGCUCUCUGGUGAUGGGCAUGGUGGGAACCUACUCAUACUUCUGGACCAAGUAUAUGAACUACCUGUCAGUUCAUAACCAGGAUGUCCUGUUGGACCUUGUUGACCACCGGCCCCCAGACACACCCCUUAUCACCCUGUCCAAUCACCAGUCCUGCAUGGACGACCCUCACAUCUGGGGGGUGCUGAGACUGAGACACUUGUGGAACUUCAAUAAGAUGCGCUGGACCCCAGCAGCUUCAGACAUCUGUUUCACUAAAGAGUUCCACUCUCACUUCUUCAGCCGCGGCAAGUGUGUGCCUGUUUGCCGAGGAGAUGGUGUGUGUGCUGCUGUGAUACAGGAGAUGGUGUGUGUGUGCGCGCGUAUGCGCGUGUUUGUGCGUGCUACAGGGGAUGGAGUUUACCAGAAAGGCAUGGACUUCAUCCUGGACAAGCUGAACAGAGGAGAAUGGGUUCAUAUCUUUCCAGAAGGGAAAAUCAACACAUCAGAAGAGGCGUUACGUUUAAAAUGGGGUGUGGGCCGCUUAAUAGCAGAGUGCUCUCUCAACCCCAUCAUACUGCCUCUGUGGCACGUAGGGAUGGAUGAUGUUCUCCCCAACGAGCCGCCAUACAUCCCCCGCACUGGCAAGAGAAUCACCGUCCUGGUAGGAAAACCCUUCAAAGUGCAUCAUCUGGUGGAGGAACUGAGGGACGAUCACAGGAGCCAGGUGGAGAUGAGGAAGGUCCUGACCGAUUUCGUCCAGGGGGAGUUUCGCAGUCUGAAGACCCAGGCAGAGACCCUCCACUGUCAGGUCCACACCAGUACCUGAGGACCAGGCUGUCAGGUCCACACCAGUACCUGAGGCCCAGGCUUCAGGACCACACCAGUACCUGAGGCCCAGGCUGUCAGGUCCACACCAGUACCUGAGGCCCAGGCUGUCCGGUCCACACCAGUACCUGAGGCCCAGGCUUCUGGUGGGACUUAACUGUGUCACAGCCAUCAGGAUAACCACUCUUACUGAGACACACACACACACACACUCUCACUCCUGAUCCUGCUGCUGGUGCUGAGGUGCUAAGUGGCUGCUCUCCUCCAGACCUUCCAAUCCUGCAUUUGACCGUCAUCUCAGUACAGUUCAGUUGCAAAAUCUAAUUGACUCUUUAGUUUAAUUUAUCCUUGACAGUUGGUCUCUGAUCAUGUCUCACCAGAUGCCACUCCCCCCUCUCUCUAUGUAUAUAAAUAAACAUGAAUGUCUAUUUUAGCUCAAAGAAAUAUCACUUUUUAUGCAUUAACGACUGAUUCAAGGUUCAGUAAAAAAAGGUGUGGUUGUUUUCUUAACACAAAUUGCCUUAUUGGGGUCAACAUACUUUGCCAUAAAUCAGCCAAUAAAGUAUGGAUCUUUUCUACGUU